GCCUCAUCGUCUGCCGCUCCUUUGUUCGCAACACGUCUCUUCUCUCUUUGGUUUUUCACUUUUCCCUUUCUUUACUCACGCUGAAUUUCGCCUCCCCCUUUCUUCCUCUUAUUUUCUGCUCAUCUUACUACAGUCAUGAGCGUAGAUGACACGCAGGUGAAGCGACGCUCCGGCAAGGAGUCUCCGGACACGGCAGCGCAGCACCAGGCUGGCGGAGCCCUGAAGAGCUCCAGGACGGCGAAGACGCCAGUAAGCUCGUUUGUGCGGCACUCGCCCAAGUAUGCAUUCGCGGCGACAGUGCUUCUGUCGUUUGUGACGCGGUACUGGCAGAUCUGGGAUCCAGCGCAGGUGGUGUUUGACGAGGUUCACUUUGGCAAGUUUGCCAGCUACUAUCUGCGGCGCGAGUACUACUUUGACGUGCACCCGCCGCUGGCCAAGAUGCUAAUUGCGCUGGGUGGGUGGCUGGUUGGGUACGACGGGCAUUUCUUGUUUGAGAAGAUCGGCAUGGACUACGUGUCGAACGGUGUGCCGUACAUUAUGCUGCGCGGGUGGGUGGCUCUGUUUGGGUUUGCGCUGCCUCCGCUGGUGUACAUGAUCAUGGCGGAAUCUGGGUACUCUGUUGCAGCGUCGUUCUUGGCAGCGCUGCUGGUGACGUUUGACAACGCGCUGGUGACGCAGGGCCGGCUGAUUCUGCUGGACAACAUCAUGAUCUUCUUUAUGCUGGCAGCCGUGUACUCGUACAUCAAGUUCUUCAAGCUGCGGUACAAGGCAUUUGGUGUGCAGUGGUGGACGUGGCUGCUGAGCACUGGGGCCAUGCUGGGCUGCGUUGUUUCGUGCAAGCUGGUGGGACUGUUCACCAUUACGCUUAUUGGCAUCGGCGUGCUGUACGACCUGUGGCGAAUCAUCGACAUCCGCCGGGGCACGACCAUGACCGAGUUCUACAAGCACUUCGUUGCCCGUGCUGUCGGUCUGAUUGUGGUGCCGUUCAUGCUGUACCUGGGCUUCUUCGCUGUGCACUUUGCGGUGCUGACACAUACGGGACCGGGCGACGCUUACCACACGGCCAAGUUCCAGAAGCAACUGAUUGACAACCCCUUGACCAAAUCGUCGUUUGACGUACACUAUGGCGACGCGAUCGCGUUCAAGCACCGGCAGACGGGUGUGUUUUUGUACUCUGACGAGUCGCGGUACCCGCUGCGGUACGAGGACCAGCGUGUCAGCAGCCAGGGCCAGCAGGUGACGGGCGCCAAGGAGGUGUCAGACAAUACGUACUGGAUCUUCAAGCCGACACGUGACGGAGAAGAGUUUGCAGAGUUCUUUGCGAAGCGCCAGAGCGGGGCCGAGAUUCCGGCCGAGGAGAUGGCCAAAUGGGCAGUGCGCAACAACGAUGUGGUGCAGAUGCAGCAUAUCCAGACGAACAAGGUACUGCGCACCCAUGAUGUCGCGUCGCCGCUGACGCCGACCAACAUGGAAUUCACGUGCAUUCUGCAAAACGAUACUGCUGCGGUGGAUGAUACGCUGUGGCAGGUCAAGGUGGAAGAUGCCGACGAGGAUGAUGUGGUUCAGACAACGUCGUCGUUCCUGCGCAUCGUGAGCCAGAAGCACAAAGUGGCAAUGUGGACGCACUCGAAGAAGCUGCCCGAGUGGGGACGCAAGCACCAGGAGAUCAACGGCAACAAGAAGGACCAGGAGAAGACCAACCUGUGGGUGGUCUCGGAGAUCAGGGGCAGGAAGCCCAGCGAGCAGGAGAAGACCGAGAUGCUGGCGCAGAUCGAGCCGAUGGGCUUUGUGGCCAAGUAUGUGGAACUGCAGAGCCUGAUGAUCAAGCACAACAACGCGCUGACAUCUGUGCAUCCGUUCCAGUCGACGCCCAUCUCGUGGCCGCUGCUGCUGCGUGGCAUCUCAUUCUGGACCAACAACGAGGGUCGCAAGCAGAUCUACCUGCUGGGUAACCCAGUCGGGUGGUGGGCCUCGGACGCGGCGCUGUUUGCGUAUGUGCUCUCGAUGGUGAUGAUUGCGCUGUGUGAGCGGCGCAACAUCGACGUCAUUGACGGUGUGGUGCAGCGGCAUAUGUUCCGGUCAACCGGAUUCCUGGCGCUGGCGUGGUUUGUGCACUACUUCCCGUUUUUCCUGAUGGGCCGGUCGCUGUUCCUGCACCACUACCUACCCGCGUCGAUCUUCGCGUACAUGGUGCUGGCGGCAUGCUAUCAGUUUUUCAUGUUCCCCGAGUACCAGCGCUUCACGCUGCGCAGAUGGAACGACAAGGCGAGGGCGCUCAUUCCGAGCGCCGGGGCAGGCAUUGUGCUCGCAGUCAUUUCAGUGGUGCAAGUUGCGGUGUUUUUGUUCUUUGCACCGGUGAGCUACGGCAACGCCGGGCUGACGCCCGAGCAGAUUAACGCCAGAAGAUGGCUGAGCGGAUACGACCUCCAUUUCCAAAAGUAGUCAUGGUAGAUUCAAAAUGUUUAUUGGAAAAAGACAACGUUUACUUUUCAA